AUGUCGUCCUACUCGCCUGGCUAUUCGCCCGGCGUCACUCCGGGCUCAGGCUCGGGCUCGGACCGUGGCUGCUCCGGCUCCUGCUUCGAUCCCGACCAACUCAAGUACCAAUACCUCCAGGGCUACUUCACCGCCCACAUGCUACCCGCCACCUCCUAUCGAUACGUCUACCUCUUGUGGUUCAUCACCAUCGCCGUCUGCCUCGUCCUCGGGUCGUUCCACAUGCUCGGUGUCGGCGAAAGAACCUACAUUGGCGCCCUCUGGAAACGAUGGGCCACCAAGAACCGUGUCUACAAGGUGGGCAAGCGCGUUGACAUCCACGGCAAUCCCAUCACCAAGGACAGCAAGGGCUUCGUUCGCGCCUAUGCACCCCUAGCACAUCGACAGAUCUUCACCUUUCCCAGCUUUGGCCGAGUCGUGCUGCUUUUCUUUAUGCUGGCCGUACCCAUCGUCUUGACGCUGGUCGGCGCCGACUUUAUCAGUCCCAGCGUCGGCGUCUUCAACUUUGCCGAAAGCUGGCCACCGCAGACCACCAACAUGGUCGGCCUCUCUCGCCGCGCGAUCCAGACGCUGCACAAGCGAGUCCAAUGGGGCCAGGGCUCGUACCCUUCCGUCUCGACCUAUCCGCCCUACCGCACCUUGCCCUAUCGCACUUGGUGGACUUCGGGCGACCGUACCGGCGACAUCACCAUGGGUCUCGUGCCCAUCGUCCUCAUCAUGGCGCUCAAGCAGGUGCCCUUUGCGCUGCUCUCGACGCGCUUCUUUGGCGGCUACGGCUUCGAUCGACUUUCCUUCUUGCACAAGUGGGGCGGCAGGAUCAUCUGGCUUUUCGGCACCGCCCAUCUCGUCACCUGGUGCAUUCAGCUCAAUGUCGACACGCGCAUCGGCGAGCCAGUCUGGACUUUUGUCUUUAUGUGGACCAAGUUCCGCUGGGGAUGGGUCUCGUACGGCUUCCUCACGGCUAUGAUCGUCCUCUCCAUCGGUCCCAUUCGAAAUCGCUUCUACGAGUGGUUCUACAUUGCGCAUGUCGUCACCGUUGCCGGCUUCAUCAUCACCGCCAUGCUCCAUCACCCUCCGCUCGCACAGUGGAUGUACAUUCCGCUCGCCUGGUGGGUCGCAGAGCGUCUCACCAGGGCUCUCAAGGUGGCAUGGAUCAACGGUCUCGGCUUUGCCGGUCGCAAGCCUCAAUUCGCCGUCACAUCCAAGCCACAGAUGUCACAUUCUCAAUCUGGAAAUUGGUCCGAGGGAUCUCAGCGCUACAUGCAACGACCGACACCGCCGCCGCCGCACCAUCAGCAACAGCAGCAGCAUCUUCAGCAACGGCCCGCGUACUACAGCGAGUCUUUCGGACCGCAGCAUCAGCAACAGCAUCAGCAUCAGCAAUUUGUACCGCAGCAGCAGCACUUUAUCUCACGUCCUCAUCAAAACGGCUCACAGCAUCAGCAAAUGGGGCAAGAUCGAGGCGACGGCUUCUAUCACCCCGCCGACCGCCCGCCGACUACCUUGGACGGAUCCACGCGAGGGGACCGAACCGAUGUGAGCUCGGCUUCGUCUUUCAAAUAUCCACCCCAAUCGAGCCGUAGUUCCGAGAACGAGCAUACGCUCAUAGGCUCCCUCGCAGACAACGAAAGCCGCAAGAGAUCGAGUCCUCCCAUGCACGACGACAGUUUCGGAAAGCAGUUCACGACAAUAGGUGCAGCACAUCCCCUCGAGGAGCCUAGCGAGUCCAGUCCCGAGCGCAAAUCAAUGCCUCUGGAAAGGAGGGUCACUCGUCUCAGUGCUCGAUACGACCCAGUCAACGACUUGCUCGAGGACUACAUUCCUUCCUCGCAGCCAUCCAAUGCCGACUUCUAUCCGCCACCACCCAUAGAGGCCCUGCCUCCACUGCCACAACAGUACGCGAGGCACUCAGGUGCUGACGUCAAGUACUCGCUGCAAGACUCGUUCGACUCUGCACAACAGCAACCCUUGUCGGUGCCAGGCUCGACCUACCCGCCCUUGAGCGGUCGAUCGCGCAACGAUUCCUCUGCAGCGCUCGCGGCCCGCCCAUCGACCAUGUUCAGCGUCAUGUCCGGCUCGAUGCCGCGCCAGCUCAGACCGCGCCCUGCCAUGUCGGCGGAUGUGGCUGCUGUCAUCCGCCCCGGCUUUGCCUUUGUUCAGCUGCUGCCGGGCAAAACGCUGCGACUGACGUUACGUACACCCAACAAGAUGUCGUGGAAACCAGGGCAGUGGGUCUACCUCAACAUGCCCAACGUGCGCUUCUGGGAAUCGCAUCCUUUCACCAUCGCAUCUGCCCACGACGCCGACUUUCCCGUCGCCACUCAAUUCGUCGAUGCAGACACCGAGAAGGGUCUCGCCCACGCGCAAAAGGCCAAGGGGGAAGAGCGCACUAUGGUCUUGCUCGUGCGAUGUCGACACGGUUUCACUCGUCAGCUGUGGAACUUUGUGGCCAAGAAGCGACAGAUGCAGAUCCAAGCGGCUGCGGAUGCCCACCAAGGUGCGAGCAUGUACGGCAUGCCUGGCACGGCGAUGGUGCCUACGCUCGGCAAAGACACAACAGGCGUGCACAUCCGCGCCAUCGUCGAUGGUCCCUACGGCUCGUCGGACCGAACGCACUGGGGCAUCCACUCGAGCAUCGUCAUCAUCUGCGGUGGAUCGGGGGUCAGCUUCGGCAUGUCUGUCCUCGAGCACCUGUGCGCGUGCAUGGUGGGCGCCGUGACGCUCGGCAAGGGUGGCAAGGGAGGCAAGAAGUUCUUGACGCAGAGGGUGCGCUUCGUGUGGAUUGUGCGCGAGUUUUCGCAUCUGCAAUGGGUGGCGGCCGCGUUGAGGAGAUGCAUCGAGAUGGUGCCGCCAGAGCAGCUUCAGGUCGAUCUCUACGUGACGCACUUCAACCACCAUUCAGCCCUGCCGCAAGGGCCGAGAAGCGGAUCCGCCGGAGGACGCAGCCACACGUUCAGCACCUACAAAUCCGAUGUGAACGAAUACAGCCACCACGGCGCUCCAGGGUCCAUCAGUGGUACGACGUCAAGCGCUGACGUGUACAGCAACGCUGCCCGAUUCACGGAAGGGCCCGAGCAGGAGGAAUACGACAUUACGGCCUACGAUCUGACCCACUUCGACGGUGAAGACCAGAGCGCACCCACAGCCGUGGAGGAAGAGAUGAACAAGCGCAUCCGAAACGAGGGCAAGCUGCGACGUGCGAAAACACGACGCAACACGGUCAAACGCAAAGGUGGGCGAGGCGCCAAGCAGGCCAAUGUCGAGUUGAAUCGGGAUGAGCAGGCCAUGGAAGCGCAGCGAGCCAUGUACGAGGAGCGUCACGGCCUUCGCAAGCCACAACAGCCGUACGAGCCGGAGCAAAGACCAUCGGACGGUCCUUCGCUGUCCAGCAGGGCACGGAGCCACCUCGGCGCGCCCAACUAUUCGCGACCGCAAUACGCGGCGGAGCAGGAUCUCGCCGAUUCCAGAGAAGGCGGCGGGAGGAUGUAUGGGGGAGAUGGAUUCGGAGGGCACGCCUGGAGCCCGGAGCAACGAGAUCCCUACCGGCACCAAGGGCAAGGUGCUGCUGGCGACAGGAGGCAUCUAUCGCCCCCGAACUCGGCUGGCCUGGCGAUGCCCCACAGCCCACCGGGAUCGGGUCUCGGGCCACUGUCCGCUUUCGCCUCGCCGAGCCCAUCUCGUCCCGGGUCGGCGAACAACGACCUGGUUCCACCACCGCCGUUCGGAUCCGCUUCAAGGGCCAGCACGCCGCGCAUGUCACCAUCCCCGCUCGGCACACCGUACGGCAGCGAGUAUCCUCUCCGCAACAGCUUCCUCGACGCCGACGAGACCGACACCAUUUCGCGGCAGAAGGCGGGCUCGUCGACGCUCAACCUGCUCAACACGGCCGUUGCCCCAGCGCCGUCGCCAAAGUCACCUAUGGACGAUGCACCGAUCGACCUCGACGCCGAAGAGGACCUCGACCUGCGCGUCGUCGCCGAGCUCGCACAACCGGGCCAUCCCAAGCUCGACCGCAUCAUCCGACAGGAAGUCGAUCGAAGCCAAGGCCGCACCCUCGUGGCUGGAUGCGGUCCCAAGUCGUUGGACGUGGUGCUCAGGAGCAUCGUCAGCAAGCAGAUCGACCCGACCAAGGUGCGCAAGGGCGACACGAGGGGCAUUGUGAAUGUGGUCAGCGAAUGCUUCGAGUGGGGAGGAUAG